UGCUUCUUCCUGGGGCUGCAGAAUAGAGAGGGAGGCCGGCCCAGGCUGGAGAGGAAGUCAAGUAUGUCAUAGCAGGGGAGGAGGGUCUACAGGACUGUUAGUUUUAAAGAGGAAAACUCAAAUCAAGCACCAAAGCACACAGCAAAAGAGAGGAAGAACAGAAAGGCGUUCCUCGGUCGAGCUGAGCCCUCAGAGCAGCGAGGCAGACAGGCACUGAAGCUUGCCUUGGCAGUACCUCAGUGGCUGGAGACUCAAGUUUAGCUGCUAACUACUUUGAUUUCUUGGAUCUCUGAGUUGGAGCAGCAUAAAAGGUCAACAUGGCCAUGCCAGAAAAGUCAAGCUGUAUCAAACAAACUGAGGAUUGUGGCAAUUUUCCAGAGAUUAUUGAACUCAAUGUAGGUGGCCAGGUAUAUAUAACUCGCUAUCCUACUUUGAUUAGCAUUCCUGGUUCCCGGCUCUGGGAAAUGUUCAGUGUAAAGAACCCUUGCUCACUGAUCCAGGACAACAAAGGGAGAUUCUUCAUAGAUCGAGAUGGCUUUCUCUUUCGUUAUGUCCUAGACUACAUGAGAGACCUGCAAGUAGUGCUUCCGGAUCACUUCCCGGAGUGUGGCCGCCUCCAUAGAGAAGCAGAAUAUUUUAAGUUGCCAGAACUGGCCAAGACGUUGGCUCUUAAAAUGAACAAGCUCAACUCAAUGGGCAACGAUUCGUGUCAGAUUGAUCUAGAGGAGCUCUCACCCAACAUUGACACCACGUUUAAUUUCUCUUCAACGAAUAGCAUCCAUAUUAGUGGCCCUGAUAAUCCUGUGGUCCUGACAGCUGCCACUGGUUCUGAGCUCAAGAAGGCUGGCUUCAUCACUAUUGGUUAUCGAGGCUCCUAUACUCUGGGCAGGGACAGCCAAACAGAUGCCAAAUUCCGCCGUGUGGCCAGAAUUAUGGUGUGUGGUAAGAUCUCAUUAGCCAAAGAAGUGUUCGGAGACACACUGAAUGAGAGCAGAGACCCAGACCGCCCUCCUGAGCGAUAUACUUCUCGAUACUACCUCAAAUUCACUUUUCUGGAACAAGCCUUUGACAAACUAGCUGAUGCUGGCUUCCACAUGGUAGCAUGCAAUUCCACUGGCACCUGCACUGUCACACAUGACCAAACAGAUGACAGGGUCUGGACCUCUUACACUGAAUAUGUUUUCUAUCGUAAGUGACACUUAAAAUCACCCAGGAAAUACAAUCCCCAGUCUCCCUCCUCUGUUCCCAUGCCAACUGUCUCCUUUAAAAAGAGACACAUUAAUCACUCUAGGCUCUUGAGUGUUAUGUAUAAUCUUGAACAAUACCACUACUCUCAUCAUAAUCACUUGAGCCUUUGUUGGUUUGGUACCUAUACAUCCUUCCAGUCCACCUGUCUACUGACCUUCUUUGGACUGUGGAGUGGAUGCCAUUUGAUGACAGUUGUGCAUCAGUAUAGAUAGUAGAGGUAUAUUUCUGGAGUGAAUGCAAUUAAAUAUAACCAUGACAUUAAAUGUGUUGAGAAAUGUUAAGCCAUGGCUUCCACAUUGUUUCUCAGCAACACACAUUGAACUUGAUUAUGUCCCUUGCCAUUUGUAUUCACCUACAUAAAGCCCUGUAUUGCUGAGCUAGAGAUUCAGUAAGAAGUAUAACUGUGCUUUUACCAUGUUUUACCAUGCUGAAUGGAAGAACUUGACAACAGUCCUCUAGGAGGUUCAUAGAAAGGUCAACCAAUUCCAAAAUUAUUAAGGGCUUUUGAUAGAAGCUAGGCAAACAAUUGUAUGACUAUUAUUUCUAAAAAUAAAAGGUUUAGCACUCAAUUUGCUUUCACAUGUAAAAGAUAGAAAAAAAA